AUGGAUGCCUAUUCCGGCUACAACCAAAUCCCGAUGCACAGACCCGACGAAGACAAGACAGCUUUCAUAACACUAGGGGGCAUCUAUUGCUACAAGAUAAUGCCCUUUGGACUGAAGAAUGCAGGGGCCACCUACCAAAGGCUGAUGAGCAGAGUCUUUCAUGAUCUCAUCGGCAAAACAGAAGAGGUAUAUGUCGACGACAUCUUAGUAAAAACAGCAGAGCCGAGCAAAUUGAUAAACGACCUCCAGGCCGUCUUCGAGGCAUUGAGAAAAUUCAAAAUAAGGCUUAACCCACUUAAAUGCGCAUUCGCCAUGGAAGCAAGAAAAUUUCUAGGGUUCAUGAUAACACAAAGAGGGGUAGAAGCCAACCCGGACAAAUGCGAAGCUGUUCUCAAUAUGACAAGCCCUGGGUGCAUCAAAGAUGCACAACGGCUCACCGGGAAGCUCACGGCUCUAUCUCGGUUCCUCGGAGCCUCAGCUGAAAGGGCCAUGACGUUAGGAUUUUUGCCAGUUGAGUAUGAAGCCUUGAUAGGGGGGACUAAUGCUAGCCAAAGAAGUCGGAGCAUCAAGGGUGGAAGUCAGCAGCGACUCCCAAGUCGUCACUCCCAAGUAAACGGCAGUUACCAAGCCAGGGAUGCGCUGCUACAAAAAUACUUGGAAAAAGUAAGAGAGCUAUGCAAAAGCUUCGAAGAAGUCACAAUCCAGCACGUUCCCAGAGAAAGAAACGCCCGAGCCGACCUCCUCUCCAAACUCGCGAGCACCAAACCCGACAUGGGGAACAGAUCCUUGAUCAAAGCACUAGCAACAGAACCUGCAAUCAUCAUGUUCAUAGCUCAGGCGCCAAACCCCCCCUCAUGGAUAAACCCGAUCUCCCGAUAUCUAGAGCAUGCGGAAACACCCGCUGACGAAAAGGAAGCACAAGCUAUUAAAAGGGAAGCUCCCAAAUACACAAUCAUACAAGGGCAGCUGUACAAGCGAGGGCUCCACCAGCCCCUACUUAAGUACCUACGUCCCGACGAGACAGACUACGUCCUAAGGGAAGUACUUGAAGGGUGUUGUGGUCACCACAUCGGGGGAAGAUCUUUAGCAAGAAAAAUCAUCCGGGUAGGCUACUACUGGCCCACAAUGAUGUCGGACGCCCGAAAAUUUGUGAAAAAAUGUAAAAAAUGCCAAGAAAAUGCCAGCUUCCACAAAGCGCCUCACGGGGAGCUCAGUCUAAUGAUGGCCCCCCGACCUUUCACCCAAUGGGGAGUCGACCUCUUGGGGCCAUUCCCACCAGGGCCCGGGUAA